CGUUAAGCCCCGCCCACCCCCGCUCAGAGCGGCGGCACCGAGAGCCCGAGCGGCGGCACCGGCACCGGCACCGGCAGCGCCCGCGGCCGCCAUGGCCGAGUACCGCAGUCUGCUGGAGGAGCUGGCCCAGAACAUCACAGCCGAGGACCUGGAGCAGCUCAAGUCCGCGUGUCGCGAGGACAUCCCCAGCGGGGAGGGGGACGCCAUCGCCACCGGCCACCACUGGUUCGCCUUCCUGGAGCGCCACAGCAAGCUGGACCGAGACAACCUGUCCUACAUCGAGCACAUCUUCGAGAUCUCGCGCCGGCCGGACCUGCUGACCAAGGUGGUGCAGUACCGCACGCAGGUGCUCAAGAUCUCCGAGGAGGACGAGGUGGACACCAAGCUCACGCGCAUCCCCAGCGCCAAGAAGUACAAGGGUGAGAGGGGACCCCGGAGCCACGGGGACAGGGAUUUCCCUCCGGGUGCCUCCGAGAUAAGAGAUCCCAAGGGCGCCCGGGGCCGCUCGGGGAGGUGGCGGAGCAGCUUCCAGAAGGUUCGGGAGAGGCGAUGGUCCCGUCCCAGCUCCGGGAAAUCCUUCGGGAAGGGUUUGGGGCCGGGGCAAAACGGGGCGGGGCCCGAAAUGUCCCCGAGCCCGCGGGGACAGUGA